UCCACACGACAUGGUAUACAACGGCGACGAAGUAUCCGCCCUCGUACUCGACUUUGGCUCCUACACCACAAGAGCAGGCUAUGCGGGCGAAGACUGCCCGCGCGUAGUCUGCCCUUCCUUCUACGGCUAUGAGGCGGGGGCGGAGCAGGGAGAGGACGUGGCAAUGACAGAGCCUGCUGCGGAAGGAGGUGAGAAGGGGAAGGGGAAGGGGGGGAAGAGAAAGUAUCAUGUAGGCGAGGAUGGCGUCGGGGUGUGGAGGAAGGGGAUGGAGGUGGGCAACUUUAUGCUGGAUGGUCUUGUGAAUGAUGCCGAGCCUGCUGCUGCUCUGCUGCACCAUAUCCUCCACGACCGCCUCGGCGUCAACCCCCAAGAACACCCCGCCAUGAUCACAGAGCCUGCGUGGAACACGCCCAAGGCCAGAGAGCUGUUGACAGAGAUGAUCUUUGAGGGAGAAGGGAUGCCGGCGCUGUACUUUGGGUCCAGUGGUGUUUUGUCUGCCUUUGCAGCGGGCAAGCCGACAGCUCUCGUCCUCGACGUCGGCUACGCCCAAUCCAGCACUGUCCCUGUUGUCGAAGGCUACGCCCUCCGAGCUGGUACGAUGCACCAGCCCCUCGGCUCUCAGCUCGUCGUCUCUCAACUCCACAAUCACUUUUCCAACCCUUCCCCUCUGCGCGCCGAGCGGCUCUCGCUCCUGCCCAGGCAGCUCAUCCAAAAGCGGGAGCCGACCUCUGCCCCGGGUGUCAUCCCCAAACCGCUUUUGCGCGAGGACCGAUUCCCGUCGACGACGGAUUCGUGGAAACACUGGGCUGAGCAAAACACUGUUGAAGGGUGGAAGGAGGCAUGUAGUGAGAUUGUCAAUUAUCGAGGGUUUGAUUUCAGGACGGCGGCGGAGAUGCCGCAGGUGACUUAUGAGUUUCCGGAUGGGUACCACCAGGCCUUUGGGGAGGAGAGGUAUAGGUUUUCAGAGAUGCUUUUCGACCCUGAUCACUAUUUCAACCGACAAAUCACCCCCCCAACCGCCCUCCGCGCCCCCCAAACAUCCACCCACUCCCGCAGCCUCACAGACAUCGUCCCCCUCUCGCAGCUCGUGCACGACAGCAUCAUGGCAUGCGACGUCGACGUCCGGGCGAGUCUGCUGCAAAACAUUGUGGUGGUUGGGAAUACGAGCUUGACGAGGGGGUUGGUGGAGAGGUUGGAUGUGGAGCUGGGAGCGACUUUGCCUAGUCAAAAGAUCAAGAUCCACUCUCCCACCAUUCCCUUUGAGCGCAAGUAUGCUUCCUGGGUGGGUGGGUCCAUCUUGGCUUCUUUGGGUACUUUCCAUCAGCUUUGGGUCACGAAAGGGGAGUAUGAGGAACAUGGAAUGAGUGUUGUCAAUCAAAGAUGCAAGUAGAAGGAAUGUUUGGCACAUUCGUCGUUAAAGUUGAAACAGUACUAUGAAUGGACGUUAUACCUUGGUUCUCUCUCGCAGCUAUGUAACAUUGACUGGCAAAAUGAUAAGGCAAAGGCACAAGACAUUAGGAAUGCUUGGCUGCUGAUGUACUUGUUGGCCGAGUUGUCCCUAUAUCUGUUCGAAUGGAUCGCUGCUGCGGCUGUGCUCUGGUAUAUGGAAAUGGUACGACUGACUUUCCAAGUACGCGACCCACUGCAGUAUCGUAAGAAGCAUGGCGGUCACAGAGCCAGAAGGGGACGAACCAAACAAGAUGCCUUAUAUGGGCCGCGUAUCUAUGACCGACGGGCUCUUGUCCACUCCGUGGCGAGACGAGACAAAGACGAGAGAAUGCUUGUGCU